CCACCAUGCAGUUGGGUCAGUGCCGGUGUUGGCCAGGAAGCAGCAGAGGCAGUAGCAUUUUGAAAGAGGAUAGUAAAGCUUGUGUUUGGGGUGAAUAAUCGAGGUUUAAAAAAUGGCUACAGGAGCAGAUGUUCGUGAUAUCUUGGAGCUGGGGGGUGGUGACUCUGAAAACACACCAAUCAGUAAAAAAGAUAUCAUCAAUUCAGAUAAGAAAAAAUCAAAGAAGUCUACAGAAACACUCACAUUUAAGAGACCAGAAGGAAUGCACAGAGAAGUUUAUGCUCUACUGUAUUCUGACAAAAAGGAUGCCCCUCCAUUACUUCCAAGUGACACAACACAAGGGUACAGGACUGUUAAAGCAAAGUUGGGAUGUAAGAAGGUCCGACCAUGGAAGUGGAUGCCUUUCACCAACCCAGCCAGGAAGGAUGGUGCAAUAUUUUUCCACUGGAGACGUCUGGCAGAUGAAGGCAAAGACUACCCUUUCGCUAGGUUUAAUAAGACAGUUCAGGUGCCUGUGUACUCAGAGCAAGAAUACCAAAUGUAUCUACAUGAUGAUGGAUGGACCAAAGCAGAAACAGACCAUCUCUUCGACCUCUGCAAACGCUUUGACCUCCGGUUCAUUGUCAUCCAUGACCGCUAUGACCACCAGCAGUUCAGGAAACGUUCAGUGGAAGACCUGAAAGAACGGUAUUAUAGUAUUUGUGCCAAAUUAACAAAGAUCCGUGCCCCACCUGGUUCUGAUCCCAAACUCUCCGUGUUUGAUGCUGGACAUGAGAGACGAAGAAAAGAACAGCUUGAAAGACUGUACAACAGAACACCAGAGCAGGUGGCUGAAGAGGAGUACUUAAUACAAGAAUUAAGAAAAAUUGAAAUGAGGAAAAAAGAAAGAGAAAAGAAAACACAAGAUUUGCAGAAACUGAUCACAGCUGCAGACAAUACCACAGAAAUGCGUCGGGCAGAACGCAAGGCAGCAAAAAAGAAACUGCCGCAGAAAAAAGAAACAGAAAAACCGGCUGUACCAGAGACAGCAGGCAUCAAAUUUCCAGACUUCAAAUCCGCAGGUGUCACGUUACGAAGUCAAAGGAUGAAACUGCCCAGCUCAGUUGGACAGAAGAAAAUCAAAGCCAUUGAACAGAUGCUGACAGAGUUGGGAGUUGAUCUAAACCCAAUGCCCACUGAAGAGAUUGUACACAUGUUCAAUGAACUCCGCAGUGAUCUGGUGCUGUUGUAUGAACUGAAGCAGGCUUAUGCCAAUUGUGAAUAUGAGCUUCAGAUGCUACGGCAUCGAUACGAGGCAUUGGCAAAGGCGGGGACAAACAGCUUGGUGUCAGGAGAAGGUUUUGGCAUUGAUGGACAGAUGGGAACUGUGGGAACCAGUUCUGAAGAAAUUAAGGGGGAAGGAAAAGAUCAAUUCAUUGAUGUUGUUGGAGCUGCACCUCUCACACCAAACUCGAGGAAGCGAAGAGAAUCUGCAUCAAGCUGUUCUUCAGUAAAGAAAUUGAAGAAACCCUGAACUGGUUUGAAAGGCUAGGAAGUGGACAAAAUGUGGUUAAACGGAUCUUUCACCACAUAGCAGCUAUGCUCCUACAUUUUAUUCAGAAAAGACCAACAAAACUCCAGGAAAUCAGGAGCAGUGAGCACUGUUGAUAAAUUAUCUGGCAGUGGCAUAGUUAGGAAGUAACAAAUGCUGUGUCCCAUCAUAUCAAACAAAAACUGCUAGGCCAUUUCCUGUAGAAGUUCUACCAAUACCCUAACUGACCCAGAAUUUCAUUAAUGAGGCAUAUUUACACAUGAAAUGGAUCACAGUGCUUUUAAUAUUUGUAUGAUUGUUUUCUUUGUAGGGUUUUGUUCUCUUUGGUACAGGGCAGUGAAACCAUCACUCGCAUGACUUUAUUUUUAUGAAUUUUCAUCGUGAAGAAAAGAAGGCUGCGGUUGUAUGCAGUAUCCAGUUACUAGGAACAGUGUUCAAAAGAAAUUGCAAACAUUUAUUGUAGUGGAGAAAAUGUCAACAUAGAAUAAAGGAUUUUUUAAAAAAUG